AUGAACACUGCUAAGCUGGGGAUUCUGUCUCCUACCUCAACAUGUCACACGUUUGACAGUUCUGCCGAUGGUUAUGGACGUGCUGAGGGAGCUGGAGCUUUGUAUGUUAAGCGCCUUGCCGAUGCCAUUCGUGACGGCGACCCGAUUCGUUCCGUCCUGCGUUCUACUGCUGUCAACACGUAA